AUGAAAAAUAGGAGAAGACAUGAAGAGAAGGAUAAAGAAAAAGGAGAAAAUUAUGGAAAGAAGGAAAAGGAAAAGUACGAGAGGAAGAGAAGAGGAAAAGAAUAGGGGAAAAUUAUGGGAAAAAGCAGAAAGAAAACAAAGGAAGAAAGAGAAAAGAAGGAAAAUGGAAGACGAAGAGAGAGAAAAAGGAAGAAGGAGGAAGAGAAGAGGAAAAAGAAUAGGAGAAAAUUAUGGGAAAAAAGCAGAAAGAAAACAAAGGAAGAAAGAGAAAAGAAGGAAAAUGGAAGACGAAGAGAGAGAAAAAGGAAGAAGGAGGAAGAGAAGAGGAAAAAGAAUAGGAGAAAAUUAUGGGAAAAAAGCAGAAAGAAAACAAAGGAAGAAAGAGAAAAGAAGGAAAAUGGAAGACGAAGAGAGAGAAAAAGGAAGAAGGAGGAAGAGAAGAGGAAAAAGAAUAGGAGAAAAUUAUGGGAAAAAAGCAGAAAGAAAACAAAGGAAGAAAGAGAAAAGAAGGAAAAUGGAAGACGAAGAGAGAGAAAAAGGAAGAAGGAGGAAGAGAAGAGGAAAAAGAAUAGGAGAAAAUUAUGGGAAAAAAGCAGAAAGAAAACAAAGGAAGAAAGAGAAAAGAAGGAAAAUGGAAGACGAAGAGAGAGAAAAAGGAAGAAGGAGGAAGAGAAGAGGAAAAAGAAUAGGAGAAAAUUAUGGGAAAAAAGCAGAAAGAAAACAAAGGAAGAAAGAGAAAAGAAGGAAAAUGGAAGACGAAGAGAGAGAAAAAGGAAGAAGGAGGAAGAGAAGAGGAAAAAGAAUAGGAGAAAAUUAUGGGAAAAAAGCAGAAAGAAAACAAAGGAAGAAAGAGAAAAGAAGGAAAAUGGAAGACGAAGAGAGAGAAAAAGGAAGAAGGAGGAAGAGAAGAGGAAAAAGAAUAGGAGAAAAUUAUGGGAAAAAAGCAGAAAGAAAACAAAGGAAGAAAGAGAAAAGAAGGAAAAUGGAAGACGAAGAGAGAGAAAAAGGAAGAAGGAGGAAGAGAAGAGGAAAAAGAAUAGGAGAAAAUUAUGGGAAAAAAGCAGAAAGAAAACAAAGGAAGAAAGAGAAAAGAAGGAAAAUGGAAGACGAAGAGAGAGAAAAAGGAAGAAGGAGGAAGAGAAGAGGAAAAAGAAUAGGAGAAAAUUAUGGGAAAAAAGCAGAAAGAAAACAAAGGAAGAAAGAGAAAAGAAGGAAAAUGGAAGACGAAGAGAGAGAAAAAGGAAGAAGGAGGAAGAGAAGAGGAAAAAGAAUAGGAGAAAAUUAUGGGAAAAAAGCAGAAAGAAAACAAAGGAAGAAAGAGAAAAGAAGGAAAAUGGAAGACGAAGAGAGAGAAAAAGGAAGAAGGAGGAAGAGAAGAGGAAAAAGAAUAGGAGAAAAUUAUGGGAAAAAAGCAGAAAGAAAACAAAGGAAGAAAGAGAAAAGAAGGAAAAUGGAAGACGAAGAGAGAGAAAAAGGAAGAAGGAGGAAGAGAAGAGGAAAAAGAAUAGGAGAAAAUUAUGGGAAAAAAGCAGAAAGAAAACAAAGGAAGAAAGAGAAAAGAAG